AAGUAGUAUUUUGUUCCCAGAAGGAGAAUACACACGCACGAAAACGCGUCGCUCUCACUGCACUACCAAAUUAUACUGCACGUCUGCACCGUCCCUCUCCAUUACCGUUGCUCCUCCUCUUCUUCUUCUUCUUCUUCUUCUUCUUCUUCUUCUUCCUCCUUACUUAACCGCAAAAAUGAGCGAGUCGCAUAAUAACGCCAUUAUGCAACCGUCGCACGGGAGCCUCUCGCUCUCCAUUCCUUCUAACGGGCCGUACGGUCACUUCUCCGGCCCAGAGCCCGGCGCCGGCGCCGGCGCCAACAAGCGGGCCGGGUUCCCCCCGACCCCGCCGUUCCCGGCCCGGUCCGCGUCGCCCCACGGAUUCGGGCCGGGUCCGGUUCACGCCCGGUCCGCCUCCCAGCCGGGCUUCUUCUCCCUCGACUCCCUCCCCGCCAUGGCGCCGCCCCCACCCCACUCCUCCUCCUCCGCCACCUUCUCCGACUCCUCCCCCGACGCCGCCAUGGACGACCUCGCCGCAGCCCCAUCCGCGCACCCCCUCCUCCCCAAACCCUCCCCGGGGCUCCCCCCUCGCAAGGCCCACCGCCGCUCCCGCAGCGACGUCCCCUUCGCCCAUUUCCAACCCUCGAUCCCCCUCGCCCCCCCCUCGCACGUCAAGGUGGAGGCGAAUUGGGGUUUCGACUCCAAUGGCGCCGAGGAGCGGAAGCACGAGGGGGGCGAACUCGGCGACGACCUCUUCAAUGCCUACCUGAAUUUGGACGGCUUGGACGCGCUGAACUCUUCGGAGGAGAAGCACGACGAUUUGGACAGCAGGGGGAGCAGCAUCAAGACCAACGGAGCCGAUAGCAGCGAGAACGAGGCCGAGAGCAGCGCGAACGACGGCGGGAGCGGCAUGCGGCUGUGGCCGAGUCGGAGCCCCGCGAUGGAGCCGGAGAGGAGGGAAGGGGCGAAGAGGAACGCCGUCGGGGAUCCUGUGAUCGCCGGCGCCCGCCAUCGCAGGAGCCUUUCUAUGGAUAGCUUGAUGGGGAAGUUGAAUUUCGGUGAGGAAUCCCUGGGGCAGCAGGGUGCGCAGAUCAAUUUGGCGAAUGGGGCUUUGAAUAAGUUCAGCUUGGAGUUCGGAAAUGGGGAGUUCACGCCCGCGGAGAUGAAGAAGAUCAUGGCGAACGACAAGCUCGCGGAGAUGGCUUUGGCCGAUCCAAAGCGCGUCAAGAGGAUUUUAGCUAAUCGGCAAUCGGCCGCACGUUCCAAGGAGCGGAAGAUGAGGUAUAUUGCCGAAUUGGAGCAGAAGGUGCAGAUCUUGCAGAGAGAAGCUACCACAUUGUCGGCGCAGCUUACUUUGUUACAGAGAGACUCAGCUGGACUUGCAAGCCAGAACAAUGAGCUGAAGCUGCGGCUUCAUGCCAUGGAGCAACAGGCACAAUUAAGAGAUGCUCUGAAUGAGGCGCUGACUGCCGAAGUUCAGCGCCUGAAGAUUGCCUGCGCAGAGAUUGGUGACUCUCGCUCGUCAAACAGCCUAACUCAGCAAAUGCGAGCUCACUCUCAGAAUCAGAUGUUUCAACUUCUGCAGCAGCAGCAGCAGCAAGAGCCUAAUUUAUUCUACCAAUUACAGCAGCCGCAACAGAAUGGCUCAGCCACGAAUGACGAAUUAGAAGAAUAAUAUACAAGGAGGAAUAUCCAUAGGAAAGAUUGUUCACUUGUUUAAUUCAAUCAGUAAAUCGAUCAUAUAUAUAUAUAUAUUCUUUUAAAAAAAUAAUCUAUUUUUUGGCGUGUGAAAUUUAUUAAGGAGUGUAAGCUAUAUUCUUUUAGUUUCAGAAAUGUUUUUUGUUUAUGUUACCAUAAACAAAGAUUGAAUAGAAAUACUAU